AUGACCAGCAGCCCCCUCACUCCACACAGCAGGGCAGCAAAGGCACAAAUUCAUUCUUACAGUGUCCGCAUCUUCCUCACACAGCGUCGCCCCCGGGACCUGCGUUCCCGGGAGACUGCCCGGCCCACCUGCCCUGUGUUACUGGCGGUGAUGGUGGAUCUGCCCCCGGUGUGUGCCCCCUGCCCGCCCCAGCUGUGGGUGACCCCAGCGGUCUGCCAGCUGCGGGGGAGGGGGCCGCCUCCCCGCCCGCCACCCCUGCCCUCCCUCGCCCCCCUAACCCCCCGACCCAGCCGCAUCCCCGUCCUGCAGAGCGAGGACGACACGGGCUCCGACCACUCGGCCCCUCCCCACCACCACCCCCGGCCCCCCCGCCCCCGGCACCGCCUUGCCUCUGAGGAGGACAGUGUCUCCGACCCCUCGCUCCGCACGGGGGCUGCCGCCGGACGCACGCACAGCAGGAUCCCGCGGCCCAUCAGCCCUGCCAGCGCACGUCGAGACUCCCGGGAUAGGAGCCUGGCGUUGGGCCGAGCAGCACCCAUGGCACACAGGUCUGUGCUGCCCCUCAGCCCUCCCAGGGAUGUGGGGGUGAGGCCGGUGCCCCCCCCGUCGGGCCCGAGCCCCCAGCGAGGGUGGUGCGGCCUGGCGGGGUCCCCGGGGCCCCCCCGGACGGAGCGCCAGUGCCUCGGGCCGACUGCGGGCCCAGUCGCGGACGGACAGCCCAUCACCCUGCCGGGCACGGCGGCUGGUGGAGCGCAGGAGGCAGCACCCCACCCUGGCCGGGACCCCCGCACAGCUCAGCCCCCCACCCACCGGCAGGGCCCGCGCACACCUACCCGCACCACCUGCACGGCAGCGCAACACCAGCUCGGCAUUGACUGGGACAGAGCGCCGGCUUUUCACCCCCUGAGGACAUCACGGAGACCGGUCACGGACACACGGAGACCGGUCACGGACACGGAGACCGCACACGGACACACGGAGACCGCACACGGACACGGAGACCGGUCACGGAGUGCCAAACACGGACACAGUGACUGGCUACUUCCACGGAGCGCCGUUACGGGCACGGACUACAGACUCGUGUACCGCGGUGCUGCAUGGCACAGGCCCUGGGCGUGGCGGGUGGCAUGCCUUCGAUUCCCGCACCGUGCCGGGCUCCGGCCGAGUCAUCCCACCCCCCUCCCCACCUCGUGCCAGGAGCAGCUGACAGACAACAACCCCACCCCCUCCCCGGUACCGAUCAGCAAUUAAACCACCUGGCUGCUUGCUUCUCGCCACGCUCAGCCCUGGCUUCCUGUCUGAAUACACCGCAGCCGGUCAGUGUGUGGGGGGGGGGGGGAGAAGGGGCAGACACCCCACCAUGGGGUAGCAGCUGAACCCAAGACCAGAAACAGGGGUGGCUAGUGGCAGUGACAGGACCAGGGUGGGAAGGUCGAGGGUCAAAUCUCAACCCGUGUCCAGGGAAGGGAGGGCAAGGAUCAGGGCCAGUGACCCUGGGUCUAGGGGUCUGGGCAGGGUCAUUGGUCUCUGCAUUGCUUUACAAUCAAUGAUGCUGGGGACAGGGUGACACAGUGGCGCAGCGGGUAGUGCCGCUGGCUGCCUCGCAGCACCAGAGACCCGGGUUCCAUCCUGACUAUGGGUGCUGUCUGUAUGGAGUUUGUACGUUCUCCCCAUGACCUGCGUGGGUUUCCUCCUGGUGCUCCGGUUUCCACCUUCAUCCCAAAGACGUGCUUGUUUGUAAGUUAAUUUUCAAGGUCAAGGCCCAUGCUAGGCCUGGUGUCCCAGGGUCAAGGGUCUGUCUGGUGACCCUAGGGUCAGGGUCAAAGGUGGUCCUGGGGUCAGGGGCUGACCCAUGAUCAGCAGCAGCAGCAGACCAGGAAGGAGGUGGCAUGGGGCGAGGAGUCCGUCCUUGGUAGCUGAGGCCCAAGCAGGAACCCUACCCCUCCCACCCCCGUCCCGGUGGGAGAGAAGAUGGCUGGUGCGGAGAGUGAACACCGAACUGACCUCACAUCAGUGUGGGAUGGGGAGUACCGGCGACCCACUGCACCCCUACUCUUCCCCCCCCCCCCCCAUUCCUGUAUCGACCCAGCUUUGUCACGCUCACCGCUAUAAAAUGGGAGACUCUGCUUUGCGUGCACGAGUACAACAGGAGGUACUAAAAAGAGAAAACAAACAGAGUGCAGAAUGCAGUCUUACAGCUACAGAGAGAGUACAGGUAAAAAAAACUGCAAGAGCUGCCACGUGGUGCAUUGGAAGAUCGUGAUUCCACCCUGGUUUAUGGGAGGACCGUUCAGUACUCCGAUAACAGAGGGCAAGAAAGUGUUCCCGAGUCUGGUGGUGCACGCUUUAACGCUUCUGUACCUUCUGCUGGAUGGGAGGGAGGAGAAGAAGGAAUGACCGGGGUGGGACAAGUCUUUGAUAGUGUUGGCUGCUUUUCUGAAGCAGCGUGAAGUGUAGAUGGAGUCAUUGAAUGGUGGGAGGUCUGGUCUGUGUGAUGGACUGGGCUACAACCACAGGUCUAACACCGAUUUUCCGGCAACUGGUGGUCCAUCACCUCCUCUAAUCUGGACACAAUGACGAGAGUGCACCAGAAAUCUUCCCAGAAGUCCCCCUGAAAAUGUGCAGCCUAGGCCAGGGUGAGGCGGCCUAUCUCAACCUCAUUGGGACUUCGAAUUUCCCCUCCCCCCCCCCCCCCGCAGCCGGGGCUCUGGAACAUCGGCCCAGCCAGAGCCAGCAGAUCCGUUCCCAUAGCCGACUGCUGAGGCCGAUCGGGGGGGUUGAAUUUGUUCCCUGUGUCCGGGACUCUGGAACUCCGCAGGCCGGUAUCUCGGCCCCUCGGUGACCCGUUCCAGUACCGCUGGACUCUCGGAUGCCAUGACCUCUGUUGGCCCGGCAAAAUGGAUGAACCAUAAAAAGGCUCUGGAAUCGAGGGUUCCGGAAAAUCGGUGGUGGAUCUGUACAAUUCUCUGCAAUUUCUUGCGGACUUGGGCAGAGAUGUUCCCAAACCAAGCUGGGAAGCUUUCUACAGUGCAUCUGUAGAUGUGGAGAAGAGUUGCUGGAGACAUGCAGAACGGGCCGAACAUCUCCUCUAAACUUUGCCACUCUCACCUUAAAGCUAUGCACACUUUAACAUUUCUAUCCUGGGACAAAAGGGUCUGUCUACACUAUCUAUGCAUCUCAUAACUUUAUAAUCCUCUAUCAGGUCUCCCCUCAACCUCUGAUGCUCCAGAGAAUGAUCCAAGUUUUGCCAACCUCGCCCCGUAGCUGAAACCCUCUAAUCCAGGCACCAUUCUGGUAAAUCUCCUCUGCACCCUUUCCAAAACCUCCACACCCCCCCCCCCUGUUAUAGGGUGACCAGAACUGCACACAAUACUCCAAAUGCUGCCUAACCAAAGUUGUAUAAAGCUGCUUCCUGACUUCCUGACUGUAGAUGUGUGGGUGUGCUUUCUUGGUUGUGGCAUCAGCCCAAACUGUUGGUGAUGUUUUCAUCGAGGAACUCGAAGCUCUCGCCCAUCUCCACUUCGGCACCGUUGAUACAAACUAGGGCAUAUACUCCACCACGCCCCCUGAAGUCGAUAACCUGCUCUCAAUAGGUGGGAAGUACGCAGAUGAGCACUUGAAUUGCCGAGGUAGUGAAGGCUAUGGACCAGGUGGCUUGACGGUAAGCAUGAUUGUGAUGGGCUGAAGGGCCUCCGUGAAUGUGCCAUCGGACUAACUGCCUAACUGAGUAUUGUACCAUUUUCACCACAGCAGCAAUGUCUCUCGGCCGUUGGCAGGGAGCAGAUCCCACCUGCCCGUGUUUGGCCCAUAUCCCUCUAAACCUUUCCUAUCCGUGUACCUGUCCAAUGAGUGCUGGCCGAUGCAGUUUAAUAUCAGCUCGUGUGAAAUGAUUCAUUCUGGGGCAUUAAGGGCGGUCACGAUGGCGCAGCAGUAGAGUUGCUGCCUUACAGCGCCAAUACCCGGAUUCAAUCCUGACUACGAGUGCUGUCUGUGCAGAGUUUGUACGUUCUCCCCGUGACCGUGAGUUUUCUCCGGGUGAUGCGGUCUUCUCCCACACUUCGAAGACGUACAGUUUUGUGGGUUAAUUGGCUUCGGUAAAAUGUACAUUGUCCCUGGUGUGUGUGGGAUAGUGUUCGUGUGCGGGGAUCACAGGUCGACGUUGACUUGGUGGACCGAAGGACCUGUUUCAACACUGUAUCUCUGAACUAAACUAAAGUACGGGUGGAACACAUACAAUAAAUAUAAUGGUUCGAUUGU